CUUCUGUUAAUAAGGCUGAAGAGAUCAGUUGACGUCCGAUUUGAUAAGGAUAUUACGAUAUAAAUGUUGGAAAUAGUGCAUCAAUAGUGGUAUAAGUAACUUAAAAUAUUACUUCAUUUGUUUUGGUGUUUCAGUGAUUUCUGACAGGAGACAAAAAGGUUUCUCAAAAUGGGAUCGUGCGGUACGCCGACGUCAAUCUCAGGCGGCGUCAUCAUUACGUCCGAGCCGUAUGCGAAUGCAUCGUACGCCGUCUACCAGUGCAACAGCGGAUAUGUGAUGUCCGGAGAAUCAUACAUAGAAUGUUUAAACGGCGUAUGGGGUACGCCUCUUCCAUCCUGCACCCUCCAAGACUACAACAACCUGUACAACUAUAUCACUGAAAACCAUGAUGACAUUCCAAACUGGUUGUUCUACAUGUUCGCCGGGGUGUGCGGACUGGUGAUGCUGCUGCUGCUCACGUGUAUCCUUGUCUGGUGUCUACAGUGCAUGGGUUGUUACGGGAAGGGCGCAAUGUUCGGAGAGAUGGAACCCUCGGGAUCGCCGUGUUGUUGUUGCAGUCGCCGGAAAAGCUACCAGCCACAGCGGCGCUGCAAUACGUUUCCCCGACGUUUCGAGUAUGACGAGGACGGCCGGCGGUACCACGUCGAUGAUUAUGGUUACCGGUGUUACUAUCCGCACAAGGGCAAACACUCCAGUAAAGUCGCCGUGGACGUAACCUCCGAGACGCAUUCUUCUCCACGCCAGACGUUUGUUAACGCAGUGAGCGAUGUUAUGUACGAGAAGCGUGGUGUGCCUGCAAAGGAGGUACAAGCAUGGAAACCGCAUGCAAACCCCGUCAGAAAUAUCAACACCAGCACGAAAUAGGAUGGAAACCAUCUUGGGCAAUCGUACGACAACGACAUGAACUUUUGAUCAAACAGCUUUCAUAACUUUUUUAACGAACUGCGACAGGCCUGUCGGGGAGGGGCUAGCCUGAAAACCACACACAAACCAUUAGGGUAAUCAACAUCAGCACGAAACACGAUCGUAAACCGUCAGGACCGCAUUGAGCAUUAUCAACUAAGAACUCCUUUAACUUCAACAAAUGUUAAAUGUGGCCGGCCGGCCAAGGGGUGCUAUGCUAAGAACCGCACUAAAAUUCAUUUUUAAAUAUCAACACUUGUCUAGUACCUUUUUAAAUAGUACAUAACAUAAAUGUGAUAUUUGAGCAACCAUGAAUGUGAUAUUUUGCUUUAAACAAUCAUGCAUGUGAUAUUUUGCUAAAAACAAUCAUUAACGUGAUAUUUUGCUUUUAAAAAUCGUGAAUGUGAUAUUUUGCUUUAAACAAUUAAACAAUGAUGCAUGUGAUAUUUUGCUUAAAACAAUGUAUGUGAUGUUUUGCUUUCAACAACAAUGAAUGUGAUAUUUUACUUAACUGAAGCCCAUUCACGUAAAUGAACCUUAUGUGUAAAUACCAUAUAUGUAGUUUAUUAUUUUUAAAAUGAUUAAAAGUCCUAUUGCGAAACGCUGGACGAGGUUU